GAGCUGCCCCACUUUCACAUUGCAAUAAAAGUAGGAUAAUCUUCAACUCUCUGUCACUUUUCUUCUCUCUUCUCUCUUCUCUCUUCUCUCUCCCCCCACCUUUUUUUGCUUCUUCUUCUUCCAUCCUUCUCUGCUCAAAGACUCAGCAUAACCUUACUCCUCCUCCUUCUUCUUUUGUUGACUUGUGGCCACCACAGAGGGAGACCCGUUUCUGGAUCUUCUGGUGUAGAGGCCUUUCAAAAUUAAGAAUUUGUUAACAUCAAUUGGUGUAUAGUGCUAGGGGGUUAAGUUUGAAGCCUUGCUUUCAACUUUUGUCAUUGGAAGCUUAUAGGUUGGAUCCAUAUUUUCCUGGAUAUUUAGGCUAUCUUUGUGUCUAAUUUUCCCUGUGAAAUGAUGAUGAUGUUUGAUGAGGUGGGGCUUUGUGGUGAUUUGGAUAUGUUGUCUGCUCCUCUUGGAGAAGGGGAUAUAACCGCCCGGCAAACUGAGCCAGAGGCGAUAGUUGAGGAUGAUUAUAGUGAUGAAGAAAUUGAUGAAGAUGAGCUUGAGAGGAGGGUGUGGAGGUAUAAAAUGCGUCUCAAGCGAUUGAAGGAACAAAGUAAAUCUAAGGAAGGAAUUGAUGCAGUGAAGCAGAGACAGUCCCAAGAACAGGCAAGGAGGAAAAAGAUGUCAAGGGCUCAAGAUGGAAUCUUGAAGUAUAUGCUGAAGAUGAUGGAGGUUUGCAAGGCCCAGGGAUUCGUUUAUGGGAUCAUUCCUGAGAAGGGAAAGCCUGUGACUGGGGCAUCUGAUAACCUUCGUGAAUGGUGGAAGGAUAAAGUCAGGUUUGAUCGAAAUGGUCCAGCUGCUAUAGCCAAGUAUCAAGCUGAUAAUGCAAUCCCGGGGAAGAAUGAUGGAUGUAAUUCCAUCGGUCCAACACCACACACCUUGCAAGAGCUGCAGGACACAACCUUGGGUUCUCUCUUAUCAGCACUCAUGCAGCACUGUGAUCCUCCGCAAAGGCGGUUUCCAUUGGAGAGGGGCGCUCCUCCACCGUGGUGGCCCACAGGGAAUGAAGACUGGUGGCCCCAAAUUGGUUUACCUAAAGAUCAAAGUCCUCCACCUUACAAGAAACCUCAUGACCUGAAGAAGGCAUGGAAAGUUGGUGUUCUUACUGCAGUAAUCAAGCACAUGUCUCCUGACAUUGCCAAAAUUCGCAAGCUUGUGAGGCAGUCCAAAUGCCUUCAAGAUAAAAUGACAGCCAAGGAAAGUGCAACCUGGUUGGCAAUCAUCAAUCAAGAGGAGGGCUUUGCACGUGAGCUUUACCCUGACUAUACCCCUCCAUUAGCCUCUGUGGGAGGUAGUGGAUCUUUGGUCAUCAAUGAUUGCAAUGAGUAUGAUGUUGAAGGUGGUGAGGAUGAGCCAAACUUUGAUGUGGAAGACCGGAAACCAGAGAAUCUUCAUGCAUCCAAUAUUGGGAUGGAAAGAAUCAAGGGAAGCCUGCCAGUUCAGCAGCCUUCUUUCCCAAUCAAGGGCGAGGCCGGAGCAAAUUUGGAUUUCAUGCGGAAGAGAAAGAUCUCUGGUGACUUCAACAUGAUGAUGGAUCAGAAGAAUUAUACUUGUGAACACCCUCAGUGCCCUUACAGUGAUGUUCGCCUUGGUUUCCCUGACAGAAUUUCUAGGGACAAUCAUCAAUUGAAUUGUCCAUAUAGAGGUACUUCAGAUUAUGGUGGACCAAAUUUUCAUGUUAAUGAGGUAAAGCCAGUCAUAUUCCCACAAUCCUUUGUUCAACCCAAAUCCACUGCUCAGUCUAUUAACUUGGUUCCACCUUCAUUUGAUCUAACCGGACUUGAAGUUCCAGAAGAUGACCAGAAAAUGAUUGGUGACCUUAUGACUGUCUAUGAUACAAAUGUUCAAGGCAACACGAACGUAAGUUCCAGUAAUCGUGCAGCUGCAGAAAAUCCGAACCUUCCUCAGCCAGGCAUUCAGCAGCAACAGGACAACUUCUUUCGCAGUCAAGGAUUUACUAUGGAAGGAAACUUCUUUCAAGAAGCCAAUAUGUCCAGUAAUCAUCACAUUUUUGCUAGAGAGGAGGGUCAAUUUGACCAAUUCAAAUCCCUAAAUGCUCCCUUUGAUACCAAUCACAACAACAAUAACUUCCAAUUAAUGUUUGGAUCCCCUUGUGAUUUGGCAUCCUUCGAUUUUAAGGAUAUGCAGGGAGUAGGGAUGGAUGGUCUUCAGAAACAACCAGAUAUUUCAAUAUGGUACCAGUGAAAACAAGUGGAAUAUGGAGACUCAAUCAAUCUACUAUGUACUCUUUUUAUUUUCCUUCAUAAAGAAGGCACCCCUGAUCAUGUGAAGCUCCUGUAGCCAAAAUGUUUUACUGCAAUUUUCUUCACAUGUAAUUCUGUAGGCUUAGAACUAGAUAUUUUUAUGUUUAUGCUUGGCAGGUCUAGUAUGUGUUAUAAUAAAAACUUACAUAUUCCCAUUAUGUAGCC